UCACUCAUAGGAGCGCCCUCUCUUUUCACCAAUCGGAACGUGGGGCAGCCGGGUGCCGCCUACCGGGCGUGGGGAGAAAGGCGGGCCCGGCUCAACCUGGCUGCUAGAGUCGUCCAGCCCAGGGCAGUGGAUCGCGAGGCCGUUCCCAGCGGAGUUGCGGCGCCCGUCGCGUCCGGAGUUUUGAACUGUAAUGGGCACCGAGGGGAAAGCCGAGAGGAAACUGUUGUUUCUCUUCACGUCUAUGAUCCUGGGCUCUUUGGUACAAGGCAAGGGUUCGGUGUACACUUCUCAACCUGAGGUCCAGGUUCCCGAGAAUGAGUCCGUCAAAUUAUCCUGUACCUACUCUGGCUUCUCCUCUCCCCGAGUGGAAUGGAAGUUCGUUCAAGGCAGCACUACCGCCCUUGUGUGCUAUAACAACCAGAUCACAGUUCCCUAUGCGGACCGAGUCACCUUCUCAUCGAGUGGCAUCACAUUCAGUUCUGUGACCCGGAAGGACAAUGGAGAGUAUACUUGCAUGGUGUCUGAGGAAGGUGGCCAGAACUACGGGGAGGUCAGCAUCCAGCUCACUGUGCUUGUGCCUCCAUCCAAGCCAACGGUCAGUGUCCCCUCCUCUGUCACCAUUGGGAACAGGGCAGUGCUGACCUGCUCAGAACAGGAUGGUUCCCCGCCCUCUCAGUAUUCCUGGUUCAGGGACGGGAUAGCCAUGCUUACAGCAGACGCCAAGAAAACUCGUGCCUUCAUCAAUUCUUCAUACACCAUCGAUCCAAAGACGGGGGAUCUGAUCUUUGACCCUGUGGCAGCCUUUGAUAGUGGCGAGUACUACUGCCAGGCCCAGAAUGGGUAUGGGACAGCCAUGAGGUCAGAGGCUGUACGCAUGGAUGCUGUGGAGCUGAAUGUGGGGGGCAUCGUGGCAGCUGUCCUGGUAACACUGAUUCUCCUCGGACUCUUGAUUUUCGGCGUCUGGUUUGCCUAUAGCCGUGGAUACUUUGAAAGAGCAAAGAAAGGGACUGCACCGGGUAAGAAGGUGAUUUACAGCCAGCCUAGCACUCGCAGUGAGGGGGAAUUCAAACAGACUUCGUCAUUCCUGGUGUGACCUGCCAAGGCUCAUCCGUCGUCCACUUGCCUCACUCAGGUGCUACAGGUCCCAGCCCCUGCUGGCCGUAGCUGCACAGGAUGCCUUCAAUGUCUUCUAGGUCCCACGGGACCCCUUGCUUUUAUUCUAGCUAGGAUAUGAAUUUAAUAACAUCAGCUACUUCCCCCUCCUCUUUCCCGCCCUCCCUCCUUUCCUUACCACCACUGGGUGGCCUGAGACUAAUUACAAAGUUUUCAUUCCCCAUUCCUAUGUGGGAUUAGACAAGAAUCCUAGGCUAGACAGUAAUAAUGACUGGGCUCACAGGAACCCAAAACCAAUACCUGGCUGCAAAGGCCUCUGGAUAAGGACUUUAAGCCUAGCUCCCCGGCUUUCUGCUGCCCUGAUGGAGUGCCAGCUGCUCUGGAGUGGGGGCUGGAGAAAGGAGGGCCGAGGCAGUUGAUGGUGACUUCAGGUCUCUCUAGUCUCUGGAGGCCUGCUCUUCUGUCUCCACAAAAUGUGCCACUGGGAUUCUCCUGGAUACAAAGUAAACUGACACCGUGUCUGUACCAGGUGGGAGAGCUCAGUUAACUCCCACGAGACUGAUUUAAAGUGAUCUAAAGAAAAGGCUGGAACUGGUGGCUGUUAGUAGCUCUUCAUAUGGCUGGAGCUACUGCACCGCCCUUUUAAGAUGUGUGUGGAUUGUGGAGAUGUGUGUGUGUGUGUGUGUGUGUGUGUGUGUGAGAGAGAGAGAGAGAGAGAGAGAGAGAGAGAGAGAGAGAGAGAGAGAGAGAUUGAUUAGUUGUAUAUUGAAAUUGUUAUAUAGAAGGGCUUUCUAGCUCUUCGCCAAGGCUGUGUUUCUGUGUGUUUAUAUUUGACAGAUGUUUCUGGAAAUAAAAACUUCAUUUGACAAACUU